AGCGAUCAUCUCGUCAAUACCCUAGACAGCUAUGUUAAGCUGGAACUGCUGCCGGAGAAGCGGCAUCGCGUUAAGACGCGAGUUGUGCGCAACACGCAGAAUCCCUUCUUCGGGGAGGCCUUCACCUUCAACAAGAUCUCCCUCGAUCAGCUGCGCAGCAUCAGCUUGCACUUCUUUGUGGUGGGCUUCGAUUGUCAUUCGAGAGACUACCUCAUCGGCGAGGUACUCUGUCCGUUGAAUGACAUGCAGCUAAAUAUGUCGCGAGAGGUGGCCGUCACGAAGGAAAUUUUGAAACGCAGGUUUAGUGGGCUGAAGUCCGAGGAUCCAUGA